AUGAGGGUCCUCUCAGUCCUAUCGGCAGCAGCUGUUGCCACUGCCUGGGUAAUCCCAGAUCAAGCCACUCUCGAGUCGUUGGCUGUCCAGGACCGUGAGACCGAGCAACCUGCCGAGCACCCAUUCUGGGACAGGGUACACAAGGCCGAGACCUUCUGGGAAGAUCUUGAAGAGGAAUUUACACGAGCUGCAGACUGUGCCAGACACCGAUUCGCAGAGGUUGCUGAUUCGGUCUACGAUUCAGCAGUCAGAUAUGGCGAGGAUUUCAAGGAUGCCUUUGCGGGCGAGGACUGGCUAGACACAGCAGACUACGAUACCGACCUGUUCGAAGAUCCUCCUCAUCACGGGCCUCCCCACCACGGACCUCCUCACCAUGGCCCCCCGGGAAAGGGCCCUCAUCACCCACACGAUCCCCACCACUCUCACAACCAGACCAUCUGGGAACUGAUCUCUAAGAGCGAAUAUACCACGAAGCUUGCUGCUGCCAUUGGUGACUUCCCCGACCUUGUAAAGACGCUCAAUGGCACCAAAGCGAACUACACUCUCUUUGCUCCCACAGACCGGGCAUUCGAGAAGAUCCCGAAGCACGCUCCGAAGCCACCCAAGGAGUUGUUGGAGAAAAUCCUCACAUACCACGUCUCACCCGAGUUCUACCCUGCUCGCCGUGUCCUUCUCAGUAGGACCAUUCCAACUGCUCUCGAGGCCACGUUCAUCGGCAAAGUCCCGCAACGUCUCUCGACUCAAAUCGGAUUGAGGGGACUGACGGUCAACUUCUAUUCUCGCAUUGUGGCAAUCAACAUCUUUGCCACGAACGGUGUUAUUCAUGGCAUUGACAGUAUUCUUCUCCCUCCACCAAAAGUGGUUGACAUCCUAUCUGCAUUCCCUGGCGAGUUCAGCACGCUUGAUCUUGCGUUGGAGAAGACCGGCUUGUACCCUGCAUUCAAUGAUACCUCAAGCCACAGUGGAGGCACCCUGUUCGCCCCAUCCAACUUCGCCUUCAAGCGUCUCGGCCCUCGUGUCAACGCCUUCCUUUUCAGCCAAUACGGCCUCAAGUACCUCAAAGCCCUGAUCUUGUAUCAUGCCGGCGAUAACAUUACACUGUACUCGGACGCCAUUUACAAAACUGACUCUGCCGCUGAUGCCGGCUCGCCCCACAAGGUGCCUAAAGGAUUAAUACAUGUCGACCUGCCAACCGGCCUUGAAGGCAAGAGUUUGAGCAUCGACAUUGCCCGCUACGGCCGACUAGUGACUAUCAAGAUCAACGGCUUCACUCGCGUUGCUGUUACGGAUGGCAUUGCUGCUGAUGGCGUUUUGCACGUCGUGCCCAAUGUUUUGAUUCCACCCAAGACACCCGGAGGUCUGGGCGUUGCUGAAGAUGACAUGGAUCUUGAGGAGUUCAAGGCCAGAUUGGCACCGUUUGUGGAGGCUGACGAAUAUGACAUGAUCGAGGACAACUUCGAGCUAUGA